AGUAUAACCUAGUCUACGAGGUUCCGGAUCCGGAGUCGCCUUUUGGAACGAGAUACGAGUUUCCCAGCGGGACGAUAGCUCUGCACUUCGCGAACGUGAACUCAUUCAACAUCGUGGUAAAUCGGAUGAGACAGGACCUUAACAAGAUGCGAGGCUUCGAUGACCCAACCCUAGAAGUGGAAUGUUUCGAGUGGAGUUGCAGGAUCUGGCGAACUUGUCAAUACGGACUAUCGCUAAAACCACUUUGCGCGGUAUCGUUCAAUGACCCGGUGCGCAUAUCAUACUUGGCCGGUGGGGAUGCCGAGCGCAGAUAUAUUCUCGAUUUUCUUAAAGAAGCGAACAAGUUUCGAACACAGCAUACAGCUGAGUUGACGGACGAGUCCAUUAAUAGUUCAAAAGGAUGGCUAUUGAUGGGACGAUAGCCAAUGAAGUAUUGAUCGUGAUCAUGAUCAUAAGGAACAUUGUCACUUCAUCCCAAGCUCACAACUGAUAACGAGACGAUGCUUAUGUGAAGAGUUGAAGGGAAAGCUGGCUGCUACUCACCCACGCACCUAUUAGUUCAAGGUCAGAGUAAUGAUUGCCCAGGUAGGUAAGUAGUG